AUGCAGGCCCGCGACGAUCAGCGCCCGACGAGUGUCGUCUCCGUGGUCAGUUCACUUCAGAUGACCUUCGACUUCGAGCUACCACCAACCCCGACCGCCGCUCAGAACACCCCUCUCCCUCCUUCGCCAUUCUUACAGGAUUCAUUCGGGUCAAUUGACGAUGCGAGUCGGGUGGGCAAUAGUGGGAAUCAUGGGAGCAGGACGGACGGCGGAAGAGCUCGAGAAAAGUCCAAGUCGGUCGCAGGCACAUCUCCGAAUCUAAGCCUCCCGCCAGCAAUACCUCCGACGAUGCCGAGACCUCAGACAAGUUACAAUUCGCUUGGAUCGAGGAAAGAGGACAGCACAGGCAGCGGUGGGAACUCACGGCAGAUCACACCACAGCCCGCCUUCAACGCAAGACAACCCAGUCCAAGCCCUCAGAUGGAGUCGUCUUUGUUUCCGUCCAAGGCACCGACAAGUCCUCUUCCCUCGCUACCACGAUCUGUGACAGGUCCGGUUAUCAUGAGCCGGCAAUUCGUCGAUUCGCGCGACAAACCCUACAGUUCUCCCCCUCCUCCGCGACCCAUGAUGCAAACGAACCACAGUUCUCCGGGUCUGCUACCUCCCUCGUGGACAGAAGUUGCACAUCCGCCGAGUCCGACAAUAGCCGGUCCACGAAUAAGCCCCCGACCGAGCAUGAAGAGCCUGGCGAGCGGGCUUUCCAUCAAGAAGAAGCGGUCGACAACUCUUCUCCCUCCUGCAGCGCCAAUACCGUCCUCUCCUGCGAUGACAAUUGGAACGCCGUAUCAAGAGAAUGCGGCAACUUUUCCGUUGCCACAGCAUGUCAUGACACGACCGAAGACAGCCGGCGCAGCUACGACGAUUGCGGGUGUUACUGUUCCUACACACCACACGACACAAUCGAUUUCCAGACCACCUCUCAAACCGAAGAGAUCGUCGACGCCAAAGAUGGAACAGAAGGCUGCAAAGGAGAAGAACAGCGAGCCGAAGCCCGAAAGAGAGAAGAAGAACGAAUCGAAACGCAAGACGAGACUACUCAACCCGCUGAAUCUUCUACAACGAAGAAGAAGCGAACACCCUGACACCGUGAUCGACGAACAAGCCCAGCGUCAGGCCCUCGCACGGCAGAGAGAUGUCGUGGCUUCCGGCGUCAAUACACCUGGACCAAACUUUGACCCGCGAAUAAAAGGCAACAUGGUUCACGACUUCAGCGCGCCUCGUGGGAAACGGAACACUUUUGACGAAAUGGACAUGCCUGCAGCUUACCUCACCGCCCAAGUGUCACCCGAUGGCACACCUCUAUCUCCAGCGUUCCCACCACGAAGCUGCUCCCUGGUGAACCGCGGUCCAAUACGUGAAUCCGCCGAGAAGAAACCUCCCUACACACCAAGCUUCGUUGAACACCUUGACGAACAACCCGAGGCCUCCAAGCGAAUGAGUUCCAUCCAUGCCGAAAACCUCGAAAACAAGGAGUUCCUCCAACGGGUAUCCGCGCAGGAGGAUGCCAUCCGCUCCGCUUCGCAAGAAAGCGCUGUGCUCCCACCUUUCGCUCGGAGGAGUCAACAAGCUCCGGACCCACUGCAAGUCAGCUUGUACCACGAGGAUCAACCGCAAUCCAGCAGUCCACCUGCCAGCGCCACAGAUCGAAGAGAGAGCUCCUCGAGCCCGGCCAGCUCCCUGAGCGAAGUCAGUCCCGUCACUGCGCGGAGUAGUGUACAGAUAUUCAGUCCGAUUUCGCCCUCCAGCACGAGCAAGACGUCACGUCCGGUGUCGCAAUUUAGCGGCACGCAGGCGUCCGUUGAACAGAGGACGAGUUUGAAGAAGGCGCCGAGCAUGGAGAAGGCUGGCGGUGGGAAGAACUUGAAUGAGUCCACCACGAGCAGGCACUACUCUGUUGUGCUCGCUCCGCCUGCUAUCGAGACGAUUGAGGAGGGCAGCGUGGACGGAUCGCCCGUGGAGCCGCCCACUGAUCGCUUCGUCUCGAGGGAACCGCAGGUCAUUGCGAAUGGGUAUUCUUAUCGGCGGUCGGCUGGUCCAGAAACACUCCUUGCCCCAGCCGUUCCGCCUCCAACCCCGAACAACGCUAGCGCGGGAAGUGGGAAGACAUCCCCCACGGCAGUUCGCACAUCAGACACCUCCUCACUUCGAUCUUCAUCCUCCAAGCCUCUUGUCGAGAAACGCGCCUCUGCAGUUGGGCACUCGAAGCGGACAUCCCCUUCUACGCUCCCCAAGCACCAGAACAGCAAUGCUUCGCGCUUCUCCUUCCAGCUCGGAGAGGGGAGCGCGGCGCAAGAAUUGGCGUUGGAGGAGAAGCAUCGCAAGAUUGCUUCACGCGGCGAUCUUGCCCAGUCCACUACCGCUGCUGCUGCGAAGGUGUUGGACGACGAUGCCGAUGAUGAUGACUAUUUCGAUGAGGAUGCCAUGGAUGAUAUGGACGAGAUGGAGAUGCAAGACAAUAUGGGAGGUCUUGGGCUUGGUAUACAACCGGGAUUGGCAAUGAUGAGUUCGACUUCGUCCUUAGCGAUUGACACUACAGGUUCGCAGCAGCCAGUUGGCGCAGGGCCGGCCGGAUUCUACCUGCAGCCACGAAACCACGCUGCGAUGUACCCUACCUCGCCGGAGUCAGAGUCCGAGUCGGACGCUGAUGCUGAGGACUGCCAACCGCCCAGCCAUCAACCACAGACCAAGACCGUUGACAAAUCUUCGCAACCCACAUCCGCCACAAUACUCCCUCCUCAAGACAACCCCACCGCCGCCGCCGACGAUGCGGAAGGCUCAGUCUCAGACGCAUCAUCCCUCUACGACGAGUCCAACAUUCCCACCAUCACCGACGAGCGCGACGUCCCUUACGCCGACCAUCCCGCAUUCCGCGCACAUUCGGCUAUUUACGCUCGCAACUCAACACUUCCUCCUUUGGCGCCGUACAGCUCUCACGGCUCGAAUACGUAUUCUACCUACGGCGCGCCUGGUGCCGGUGCUCCGAGUAGCUACGCGGGGAGCUUUGCGGGUGAAUAUGGGGGAUACUGGCGCGAUAGUACCAUCGAUGGGUACCUGCGGGACUCGGUGUAUUAUGCGCCGCCUUUGGAGAGGAGUGCGGAGGAGAGGAGUCGCGUUGGGAGUAUGCUCGCUCCGCCGUCCGCCAUCGGGAGUGGCAUGAGGUUGAGCGUGCCUGGUCUGCCCGUUCCGGCCUCAACGCCGGUUCCGUCGCCUGGAAAGAAGGCCCAAAGGCCGCCGCUACCACAGAGAGACAGUGGUAACAGUGUACGGAAUCGGGUGGUUAGUGGGAUGACUUUUGAAUCGGGAAGUCGUGGCGUCACACCUCGCGAGGAGAAGGCUGAUGCAUUGAACAUUUCGACGCCGACACAGGACAACAAAGCAUCAUCGCCUCCGACAACAGUGAUCGGAACGCCAACACCUACGAAACCGGCCCGCCCACCGCCUCCUGCACCCGUCCAUGUUCAGAAUGCCAGAAAGGAGAAUGGCGAAACGGUGACUAGUCCGCAGCUAGACCCCACCACGCUCGCUGGACUGGAACGCCCCGCGCAAGGCGACCAGCGAGAGGACAUCACUCCGCUGAAGAGAGACAAGUCGUUCCGCAUCGAUGGACGACGGAACGGCUCUGUGGGAGGCAGCCUUCUCACCAGCCCGAUUGUCAGACCUGGCAGAGUGGGAGGCGUGACAGAAAGUGGCGACUUUGAAAGUUUCGUGCGAAAAGCUGGCGUUGCCUCACCGAUGCUCGCGACUUCACCGAAUAAUGCUACGGCUCCUCUUGGACUUGGUUUAUUCCAAGACUUCCACUUUUCGUCUUCAGACGGGGAUGAUUCUCCGGAUCUUCCUUCUCAGCGGUCCACACCUGCGCACACAUCCGCUGCUGCUCCGGCAUCCGCCUCUCUCCUUUCCGCUCCGAACGACCAUGCUAGGCCUCGACCGAUGCAGACGAACAGGAGUACCAUGUCGCAUUACUCCCGUCCCAGCGAUGCUUCUCAUUAUUCUCAGCAGGAAGAAAGGGGCGUUGCUCGUGCUUCUUCGCCCGUCCGAAGGCCGCCCUCCGCCACACCAGAUCAAAACGCUUUCCGAUUCCCCAGAGAGAGCGAGACAUUUGACCACCACAAACCUGCAGUCAACGACGAUGACGACAUGUACUUUGUCGACGAUGGCGAAUUUGCAAAGGACGUGGAUGCUACACCACUGCAGGGAGGAGGAGCAGGACAGUCCCACUCCACUUUUGACGAAAAUCUUCUCGACGACGAUGAGUACCUCGCAAGGCCGAAUGCAAAUCAUAUCGUACACGCUCCCGGUAAAGUGGGAAAACCGAGGAAUAGCAGUGGAUUCUACUCCACCACCACUGGUAGCGGUGAUCAUGGCCCGUACCCGACUUUCGCUCUGCCCUCAGGUGGACUCGGCGCUGCUGCUGCCCAGCAGGCGAAACGCCAUAGUCAGAUGAUGCUUGAAGACCUCGUGCUGUCCGACUUCGCCACCGAAAACACGCAGCAGGACGUAGAUGGUGGUUUCUUCCCCGUCGAUCCGAAGCUAAUUCCACAACGAAACCCGAGUGAAGAUGCGAAGAGGGGCACCAUUGGAAGCAACGGCAUGCCCCCUCUCGCGGUCGCUUUGGGCGCUGCUGGGAAGGGAGGCGAGACCGAGAGGGAGAUGCAGAAUGAUCUCAAUCGUUACUUUGAAGUGCUUGCCAAGGCGGUCAAUAGGGCGGAGAGGGAGGGACGGUUCGAUCGCAUUACUUCGAUGGAGUUUUCGAGAUCGGGUAUCGUCGAUGCUCUUGAAGAUAAUGAAGAUGAAGACGUUGGCGAGCUAGAGGAGGAGGAGAGGAAAGGGAGUGGAGAGCUACCAAUGAGGGAUGAGAGUUUGCAGAAGCACAAUGCCGGGAUAUUGGAGCAGAACCGCCAGCCUGCCGUCGGAUCCUCCCCACCUAAGCUCGGAUUCGACUUUGGUUUUGAAGAAAGGCCGAUGUCCUUCAUGCUUGGGCCCAAUGAUCCGACGAAGCCCCCGCCGAGCAGCACCUUUCCACCCUACGACUUCAAGAUCUUCCCUACCGACAACUCACCGACCUACCCAACCGACACCGCCGCCUUCCCUUCCUUCGACCCCACCUCCAACCCCUACUCCUUCGAAAACUCUUCCGCCGACGACGACUUCGACGACGACGACCUCAUCGCUGCUGCCAACGCCGAAGUCCUCGCUUCCGACGACUCCGGCUUUUACGGGCAGGAAUUCGCCUUUUACUCCCGUCCGCGCGCGAAUUCUAAAGAAGGAGAAGUCGCCUUUGAAAAUGGAGGGUACUUUGGCUACGACGGCGAUGAUGGACUGCAACGAAACAAGAGUUUGCGAGAACCGAAUUUGACGCCCAUCACCGAGAGGAGCGAAUUUUCUCAGCGGAGCUCGUUUGUUGGACACUUGCCUGGCGGGCCGGUGAGUGCGGGGGCGGGAAGUACUGGACUACUCGCGAGGAUGCCCGUGACGCCGUUGAUGGAGAGUGAAAUCUCAGGCGAAGAGCUACGGAGACUGCGGGCGCAAGCUUUCGCGAGGACGGGCAGUCGCAGUCUGAAAAGCGAAGGCAGCAAUCGCAGCAGUGCGCAAAGUCUGGAUCAGCACGGCGGCGCGUACUUCUUCCCUUCCGCGAUGCAUUCGAGAGGCACGUCCGGUUCCGAGUCGGAGAGUCCACAGGGUGGUGGGUUGUUGCCGAACUAUACUGCGGGCACGAUGCCGAUGUUGGGACAAGGCAUCGUGCUAGAAAGUCCGACUUCUCCGGUCCAAGGACAAGCACAGAGGAGGGCGAUCUUUGAUCCCUACGCCAACAACUCCACUGGACUCCCCGUCGACCUGGACGCUACGCCGCGCAAGGCCGGCACGCCGAGUACAUGGCUCGACCCGGUUACCGUUCGCAAAGCCAUGCCGAGGGACAUCAGCAAUAGCACUCUCAGUCCAUCUGCCAUGGCGCAGGGUGGGUCGCCGAAAACAAAGUCCUCGAAUUCGGGUGCAGGCGAACCGGGCUUCUCGUUCGGGUUUCCCGCCACCCCGACCUCGCCACACGAGCCAAAGAGUCCGAUCCAGAAGCAUGAACGCAAACCCUCGGACUCGGUGACGUAUGUGAGAGAAGAGAGUACGGAUGGGAGUGGGAAGCAGACGUGGGUAUUGGAACGGAGGCGGACGAGUGAGUUUGGGGUUGAAGGGGAAUUGGUCGCUCGGGAGGAGGUGAGAGGCGGGUGGAUUUGA